AUGAGUGAAUCAAUGAAACUUCGACAUCUUCUUAAAAAGGCCAAACCUACGCUUCAGUACGAAAUCAGAAAGAAAAAACCAACAAGUACUAAGCAAUUUCUUGAAUAUGCUAAGGAAUCAGAGGAGCUUCUUCAACUAUCUAAUAUUGAUAUUGAUGUUGAUACAUAUGAUCGUAAUAAGUUUAAUUCACCUAGCCAAACACCAUCGACUGUAACAUUAACACCAUCAAAUACAUCAAAUCCACAUAUUGAUACUACUCUUCCUAUCUAUGAUAGAAAAAUAAAUUAUAAUAGUCACUAUAAUAGUCAUAAAUUUAACCUCAAUCGAAAUAAUGAUUAUAAUUUCCAUCCUUCUCAACCAUUUAAUUCAUCUCGAUCGUUUAAUUCAUUCAGCUCGUCUUUUCGACGAAAUAAUUCAUCAUAUCCAUCUGAUCGACCAACAAAAUCUAAUCAACAAUCUCAUUCAAACAUUCAACGUACAAAUUAUAAUUUUCGUCCGGUUCCAUCAAAUAAUCAAACCAAAUCAUCAUAUUAA